CGUAGUGCGUCCCGGCGCUCGCGAUUCCUCCUGGCGCGGUCGGAAAGGCAGGCAAUUUGGCCCGCCAUGUUUCUCACCGCAGCGCUCCGGGCACGGGCUGCGAGCUUCACCGCCCAGUGGGGAAGACAUGUAAGGAAUUUGCAUAAGACAGCUGUGCAGAAUGGAGCUGGAGGAGCCUUAUUUGUGCACAGAGAUACUCCUGAGAAUAACCCAGAUACUCCAUUUGAUUUCACACCAGAAAACUACAAGAGGAUAGAGGCAAUUGUAAAAAACUACCCAGAAGGGCAUAAAGCAGCAGCUGUGCUUCCAGUCCUGGAUUUAGCCCAAAGACAGAAUGGAUGGCUGCCCAUCUCUGCCAUGAACAAGGUGGCAGAAAUUUUACAAGUACCUCCAAUGAGAGUAUAUGAAGUAGCAACUUUUUAUACAAUGUAUAAUCGAAAGCCAGUUGGAAAGUAUCAUAUUCAAGUCUGCACCACUACGCCGUGCAUGCUUCGAAACUCUGAUAGCAUACUGGAGGCCAUUCAGAAAAAGCUUGGAAUAAAGGUUGGAGAGACUACACCUGACAAACUUUUCACUCUUAUAGAAGUGGAAUGUUUAGGGGCCUGUGUAAAUGCACCAAUGGUUCAAAUAAAUGACAACUACUAUGAGGAUCUGACACCUAAGGAUAUUGAAGAAAUUAUUGAUGAACUCAAGGCUGGCAAAAUCCCCAAACCUGGGCCAAGGAGUGGACGCUUCUCUUGUGAGCCAGCUGGAGGUCUUACCUCUUUGACUGAACCACCUAAAGGGCCUGGGUUUGGUGUGCAAGCAGGCCUUUAAUUUAUAUUCAGCUGUAAAUAUGUCACUGGAGAAAUAAAGUAUGAACCUCCUGUCUACAUAAA